AUGUUCGUCUCCGGCUUUUACGCCAACACCUAUCUGCGCGAAAACUACGGGAUCGAGUUCAACAGUGAAGGCAUGGCAAAGAGCGAACAAGUAGCAGCAAGUAGCAGCAAACCCAAGGGCAAGAGAGGUGGAGGCUCUAGCCGCUCCAAAGCAUCCAAGGGCGCUUCAUCCAAGGGAAGGCGAGACAAGAAGAAAGGAGCUGAUUCGAAGGCAGGAGCCGGACCUGAAGCAGGAACCGAGUCAAAGAGGGGGAAAAGAGGUGCUCGAUCCCAUGGCAAGAAGGGUAGCCGCAGCUCGGCGGGACGCCGCUCAGCAAGCCAAGGACCAGCAGCGCGUAAACCGAUGGUCUAG